ACCAACCUUCGUCGUUGGCAAACAGCAAUCGCACGCCCCGAACAAACUAAAAAUCGCCUCCCUCUUUAAUUGUCUCACCACAGACCCCAGCCGAACCGAGCCCCAUCGCUCGCACGCCACAGAAUAAAGAAGCAGCAGAAAUCCCCACCAAACCACCUACUCGCUUGACAGCGAACCAGCGACCGAGCCGAAGAAGAAGCAGGAGGACGAGGAGGAGCAUGUACAGGGACGUGUCGAGCUGCAACACGUACAACUAUGGCGACGCCUCGUACUGGGACGCUCGCUACGUGCAGGAAGCAGAGAUGGGCCAUUUUGACUGGUACCAGCGUUACUCUGGCCUUCGUCCUUUCGUUCGCAUGUACAUCCCCAGCUUCGCCUCUCGCAUCCUCAUGGUUGGAUGUGGCAACGCCCUAAUGUCGGAAGACAUGGUAAAGGAUGGGUAUGAAGACAUAACGAACAUUGACAUUUCCUCUGUGGCUAUUGAAAUGAUGAGAAGAAAAUAUGAAUGCAUCCCUCAGCUUAAAUACAUGCAAAUGGAUGUUAGGGACAUGAGCCUCUUCCCGGAUGAGUCGUUUGACAGUGUCAUUGAUAAAGGAACUCUUGACUCCUUGAUGUGUGGCACCGAUGCGCCGAUAAGUGCUGCUCGAAUGCUAGGAGAGGUGAGCAGACUUCUCAAAGCUGGAGGAAUCUACAUGCUGAUUACCUAUGGUGAUCCGAGUGCGAGGAUGCUUCAUUUGAACCAAUCAGUGUACAACUGGCAAAUCAUUCUCUACAUCAUAUCCAGACCAGGAUUUCAGAAGCCGGGAAACAAUACUUCAACAUCAAGGUCAUAUCUGGAACCUGUGCCUCUUACCGAGAAGGGUUUACUUCCACCUGAUUUUGUGGUGGAAGAUCCAGAUUCUCACUUCAUAUAUGUGUGCAAAAAGAUGGACGAGACAGAGCUAAGUAGCAUAACAACCUACUCUUUGGAUGUUGAUCAUUUAUAGCGGCUUCUCAGAGUAUCUUGUUCGGGUUAGCUAUCCCAUUGUACUCUUCACUAGUUCUGAGGUAUGUUAUAGCUCGUCACAUCAUAGGCUACUGAUUUAAGUAGCAGGACGAUAAUUCAUUAAACCAUCAUAGAUCUCUCUGCACGAAAUGUGUGAUCUGGGGACUAUGGUGAUGCAUCUGGAUGUGGAAGGUCCACUGAAGAUGCUUUUCGAAUUAUGUAGGGGUCUUGUAAUUUGCAUCAUUUGAAGAAUUCUGUUCUGUCCUAGUCCCUAUCCCUGUAUUUGUGGUGUACAUCAUAUUGAUAAAGACGCUGAUUAGCUAAAUAAUGUUGCAUGGUCAGAUCGUUGUUCU